AAUUGUCUUCAACACACAACUAAAGAUUUUGAAGGCCCCACUCACUCAUCACUAUCCUCUCUUCCAACCAUUUUUAUCUUUCAAUUUCUUCUCCCCUGUGCUGCACACACAGAAUCUUGAAAUUAAUAGCAACACAGAAGGAAUGGUCUCUUUUGCUUCAACACUUCCCUCUUUGGUUCCAUUCAUUCCUUCACCAUCUUCCAUUACCAAUGCCUCAAGACACCCUCCUCAACCUGGUAUGAUUUGUUGUAAGUUUGGAUCAGAGCUUAAUAAUGAGGAUCGCUUUCAUAGACGUGAUAUUCUUCAAUCUGUUGGAGCAGCAGUAGGCAUGGACUUGAUAGCAAGAUCGAGUGCAUUCAUCGAAGUAGCUAAUGCUGCUGAUUUAAUACAACGCAGACAGCGGUCAGAUUUUCAAUCAAAGAUCAAACAGACUCUUUAUGAUGCUAUAAAGGCAAAUCCGAAUAUAAUUCCAUCCUUGCUAACUUUAGCACUUAACGAUGCCAUAACAUAUGAUAAGGCAACAAAAACCGGGGGUCCCAAUGGAUCCAUACGUUUCAGCUCAGAGAUCAGCAGACCAGAAAAUAAGGGGCUUGAUGCUGCUUUGAAUUUGUUGGAGGAAUCAAAGAAGGUUAUAGAUUCAGAUUCCAAAGGUGGACCAAUCUCAUAUGCAGAUCUCAUCCAAUUUGCUGCACAAAGUGCAGUCAAAUCGACCUUUAUCGCUUCUGCAAUUAGCAAAUGUGGUGGUAAUGUAGAGAAGGGGACUUUGUUGUACUCUGCAUAUGGUUCUACUGGACAGUGGGGCCAAUUUGAUAGGAUAUUCGGGAGGUCAGAUGCCCAGGAGCCUGAUCCAGAGGGAAGGGUGCCUCAGUGGGAUAAAGCAAGUGUGCAGGAAAUGAAAGACAAGUUCAAAGCUGUUGGCUUGGGCCCUCGUCAGUUAGCAGUAAUGUCUGCAUUCUUGGGUCCUGAUCAAGCUGCAACAGAGACCCUACUCGCCAGUGAUCCAGAAGUUCUUCCUUGGAUUCAGAAGUACCAAAGGAGCAGGGAAACAGUGUCUCGAACUGAUUAUGAGGUUGACUUGAUUACUACUGUUACAAAAUUAAGCAGUUUGGGACAAGUAAUAAACUAUGAGGCAUAUACUUAUCCUCCCAGGAAAAUUGAUGUUACCAAACUCAAGUUGUAGAAAGGUGGAAGCUGCAGUUUUUGCACUAUGAAUGCACCGCGCACAACAGAGAUAAAUUUGCUUACUGGCAGAUUAGUAACUGAGAGGUUUGAGAAUUUGUUUUUUUUCCCACAAGAGGGGACAGGAACUGUUUAGUUUAAAAUGUAUUUACAAUAAGAUGUUUCAGUCACAUUAGUAUAUGUUUGUAUAUGUAGAGCCUUUUAUACGUAUUUUCCCCCCAACAGGAUUAUUAUUGUCCACUGAUCAUCUUUCAAGAUAA